CACCUGCGAACGCUUUAUGUAAAUGUUGGGGGCGGAGCCUAUACGGAAAACGUGCUCUUGUUGGCUAUAUGAAAACGAGCUGAGAUUAGAACUGGGCACCCCAGCCUCAGCCAGAACCGAGUACCCGUAUAACUCACCCGAAACUGGUGGAAAGGAAGCCGUAACGAUAACAUCGCACGUCCGUUCAAUGUCAGCGCUUUGCUACAGAGUGCCAAUCAGAGCGAUGUCUUCAGGAAACAGCCAACCGGCUGCUGUGCCCGCCUACAGAAUUCAGCCAAUCAGAUCACACCGUUACAUAGCCUAUCUCACUGCGGUGCUGCAGGUUUAGUGUCACGUGUUAUGGGGGUACUGUUGUGGCCAAUGCAGAAUGUGGUCGCUAGAGUGACAGAUCGCCCGGUCAAUGAGAGCUAGCUAGCUGUGCAGUAGGUGCCAGGCAGCUGUCCUGGGAGCUGAAAGAAGUAGGGAGCUGGUGUUUCCUGAAGAAGAUGUCGGGACGCAGAGGCGCAGGGCGGGAACGUAGGCCCAGGGGAGUAUCUCAGAAGAGAAAAGCUGAGGCUGAUCUAGAGCCAGAGAUUGAAGUGAAAACGGAGCUUGAAGAUGAAGGUUUUGUACAUGUUAACUCUGAUAAACAGUUAGAAAAAACGGAUGUAAAGUUAGAGCCAGAGACACGCUGGGAAUGGCUGGACGAUGGAGAUAUGUGGACUGUUUAUUCACCUGAGCUCAAUGGACAAAUUAACCUAGCACACAGUUCUGGAAAACAGUCUGUUACUGUCUCGCCUGUCGCAGGCGUCUCCCUACAAGUGGAUUUGAGGAGAAUGGUCCAGAAGAACACAAAAAAUGGUUACAAGAGAGUUAUACGACUAGCAGUGAAAGAGCAGGACCAAUAUUUUGUGUGGCAGUGGCAGUCAGAUGACGGUUCCUGGGUCUCCUAUGAUGCGGAUACCUGCAUCUUGCUAGAAACUGCAUUACAUGCGGACAACAAGCUUGUGUGUCUUAGUCUGGGCGGCCGGCCAUAUAACGUUGAUCUGGGAGCCAUGAUGCAAAUAAAUAGCCAGACUCAACAUGAAAGAGAGAUUCAGCGCUGCUUAUCUGUUGCUUCAGAUGCCUGGGCCAACCAGCAGAAGCAGAGUGUCACUAAUGGAUCCACAGCUGCAAAGCGACCACGCAGCAACAGGAGUACAGGAAGUAGGGAGAGUGAAGCAGAGGAGAGCAAAGAACAAGUGAGAACCCUGCUGUUAAAGGGUAAGGCCCCUAUUGAUCCAGAAUGUUCCAGCAAGCUUGGAAAGGCUCAUGUAUUUUGUGAAGGAGAUGAUGUAUAUGAUAUUAUGUUGAACCAGACUAACUUGCAGUUUAAUAACAAUAAGUUUUACCUCAUCCAACUACUUGAAGACGACAAUGCUAGAAAGUUCUCUGUUUGGAUGCGCUGGGGGCGAGUGGGAAAAGUGGGCCAGAAUUCUCUGGUUUCCUGUGGAGCAGACCUGCAGAAAGCAAAAGAUGUCUUUCAGAAGAAAUUUUUUGAUAAGACCAAAAAUGUCUGGUCAGAGCGUGAAGAUUUUGAAAAGGUUCCUGGGAAAUAUGAUAUUCUUCAUAUGGAUUAUAACUUCACCACAGAGGAAGAAAAUAAUGUGGUGGAAGUAGACAAACCUCUAAACCUUCCCAAACCGGAAUCCAAGCUAGAUCUUUCUGUUCAGAAAUUGCUCGAGUUGAUCUGUAAUUUGCAAAACAUGGAGGAAACUGUAUUGGAGAUGAAGUAUGAUACCAAGAAAGCACCACUGGGAAAGCUAACUGUGGAGCAGGUCCGUGCUGGGUAUAGUUCCCUGCAGCGUAUCGAGAGCUGUAUUAAAAAACAAAAGUUUGGCAAGGAGCUUAUUGAAGCCUGUAAUGAGUUCUACACUCGCAUUCCCCAUGACUUUGGACUAAGGACACCACCCCUAAUAAGGACAAUAGAAGAGCUGGCGACGAAAGUGCACCUCCUAGAGGCUUUGGGUGAUAUUCAAAUUGCACUGAAGUUGGCACGUUUGGAUCUCGGCACCCAUGAGCACCCGGCAGACAGGCAGUACAGGCAGCUACAUUGCACAAUGGAGAUUUUGGACAAAGCAUCAAAUGACUUCCAGCUUAUUGAGCGCUACUUGCAGAGUACCCAUGCUCCUACCCACAGUGAUUACACCAUGACCUUGUUGAAUGUUUUUCGGCUACAGAAAGAUGGCGAGAAGAAUAAUUUUCGAGCAGAUCUUCCCAACAGGAUGCUGUUGUGGCAUGGUUCUCGUCUCUCUAACUGGGUUGGUAUCCUUAGUCAGGGCCUGCGGGUGGCUCCUCCUGAGGCUCCAGUAACUGGGUACAUGUUUGGAAAAGGAAUAUAUUUUGCUGAUGUCUCUUCCAAGAGUGCAAAUUAUUGCUUUACAAGCCGUGAUAAGAAUGUGGGAAUCCUGCUGCUCUCUGAGGUCGCCCUUGGUGAUUGGAAUGAGCUAAUUAAUGCAGAUUAUGAUGCCCAGAAGAAACUGAAAGGCAAACAUAGCACCAAAGGUCGGGGUCGUACCAUUCCAGACCCAGAACAGAGUAUCACGCAUGAUGGAGCACUGGUUCCUUUGGGACCCCUGGUCGACACAGGAUUGAAAAAUAAUGCUGGGUAUACUCUGAAUUACAAUGAGUACGUUGUAUAUGACCAUCACCAGGUCCAGAUGAAGUAUUUACUGCAAGUUCAAUUCAACUAUGAAUCUCUGUGGUAAUAGAAUAUAUGAAUGGAAGAUUCCAGGCGGUCUUAAUGCACAUGUAAUAUAACUGGAACGUCUGUAGGCUGAUCCACAGGCAACAGUGUAAACAGGGCUGUAACCCAGCCAGAUAACCAUAUACCUUUUUACUAGCACUGCUUAGAAGAUUAAAUAAAAUGUACAUGCCAUUGCUAUGGGCCACAGGCUACAGCCUGCUUUUUAGUAAAUAAUGCCCUCUAAUGUGUAAUAAAUACACCUACAGUAUGAAUGAGUAUUUCUGACAAAGACUAAAAAUAUUUCUUGGGUUAAAUUCACAAGGUUGAUUCUGGGGUGUCACUUCCAAAACCGCAUGUUAUAUUGGGAUGCGGUCAACAUCCCGCUGGACGGGAUCCCGGCGGUCGAAAUCCCGACCGCCACAAUCCCGACAUAUUCUCCCUCCGUGGGUGUCCACAACACCCAUAGAGGGAGAAUAUAAUAGUGUGCCGAGCCCGCAGCGUGGCGAGCGUAGCGAGCCCGCCGGCAAGGGGCUGCGUUCCGCUCGCCACCCCUGUCGGGAUUGUGUGGUCGGGAUUCCGGCGUCUGUAUUUCGACCGCCGGGAUCCCGUCCAGCGGGAUUACGUACUGAUCCCAUUAUAUUUUCUAGACUAAAUUUAUAAUGCCAAAUUGUCAUUUAAUAAAGAUUGUAGAAUAUAUGUAAAUUGUAACUUUUUAAGCUGUAUUAGAUGUUUACUUUCUCUAGAAAGAGUGUCUGAUACAGAAAUGCACUGAGCAGGUUACUGAAACUUAAACAAAACAGACUAUUAGUGGUUAUGUAGGUAGUGGCCUGUGGACAUUGGCAGCCGUGGCUAUCAACAGGAAAGUGAUAUUAAGGGGAUUUCCUAUCAGAGUGAGACAGUCCUCAGCCAUGCAUGUGACAUCAGGCAUGUCAUGGAAGGAGAGGAUAAGGCCCUCUUCACUAUUGCAUUACUUCUGGUUUCUUUUGGAUCUUCAAUCAACAGAGGAGGAAAAGUCCGGACAAUGUGUCAACAUCUGGGAACUUUAUCUCAAUUUCCUCCAGAUAGGGUGUAAGAGAAAAGCUGGUAUGGAGGGGGAAUAAACUGACAGAUAUAUAUGAUAUAAUAAAAAUGUGACCCCCACUGUGGGGGAAGUGCUAUGGCUCAGUCAGACCCGCACUGACUUGUCACAUAUUGAUGGCAGGUACAAAUAGUAAUCUGUGGAUCAGGGUGCUGUUCACAUUUCUAUUAAGUGGUCUCUAGUACAGAUAGAUCUCUUAAAGAAGGGAAUAUUAGAAGCCAAGAAUUAUAUUGAUGCUACAAUGUUUUACAAAUUGUAAAAGAACACGUAUGGGUUGUUACUGCUCUGUAAAUACACAUGCAUUUUUGUA